GUGGGUGUGUAGAAUCAGAGAUAGAAAGAGAGGGGGCUACCAGUGGGCCUUCUAACACAAGAUGAGGAACUUGUGGUCACCCUACCGAGCCAAGAAGAGAGCUGUGAAAAAAGGAGAUGUUAUCCUGACAUCAACGCCCUUCGCUCACGUCGUCAACCACCAAUACGUCUCUAUGUACUGUUAUAACUGCAUCAUCUCCCACAGAGACAAGAGGAUACUGAGUCGAUGCCAGGGGUGCCGGACACUGUGGUACUGCAGUGACCAGUGCCAGAGAGAAGACUGGGCACUACACAGCUUCGAGUGCCACAACCUCAGACGACUUAGCCCAUACGUGCCACAGGACUUUGUCAGGCUCAUGGCACGGGUCAUCAUGAGACUCAGGGACGGUGGUGACAAGAUAGUGGAGAUGUACAGUGAGAGAGAGGGAAGACGCUUCAGAAACCUCAUGAAUCAUGCUGGUAAACAGGUUCAGUCUGAUGGACAGGACUAUGAUGACUCUGGGUUCUGCUAUGUACCUCUCAGCCUCCAUCUUUGACCACUCCUGCAUCCCCAACUGCUUCAUCUCCUUCGCUGGCAAGAAUGUGCAAAUUAGA